AUGCCUGUCUGUGCGAACGGCAGCCCCCGAAUGCUCGAUUCUGUACAUGGGCAUGGAAAGCUGGGUGGAAUCGCCUUCUCUUUGGCCUCCGGCCACGGAACGGGCGGGUGCUGGAGGCCGGUUUCUGACCGUUCUUCUUGGUUGUCUCUCUCUCUCCCGCGAACAGGCGAGAGUUCGAGUCCCGCCCGCAGCUCCGCCAAGAGGAAGAAGAAGCAACGGAGGAACCGCACCACCUUCAACAGCAGCCAGCUCCAGGCGCUGGAGAGGGUGUUCGAGAGGACGCACUACCCAGAUGCCUUCGUCCGAGAGGAGCUGGCGCGGCGCGUGAGCCUGAGCGAGGCCAGAGUACAGGUAUGGUUUCAGAACCGGAGGGCCAAAUUCCGCCGUAACGAAAGAGCCAUGCUCGCCAACCGGUCGGCGUCCCUGCUCAAGUCCUACAGUCAGGAUGCGGCCAUUGAGCAACCCAUGGCACCCCGGCCAACAACUCUGAGCCCAGACUACCUGUCUUGGUCAACCUCCUCCCCGUACAGCAACACAGUGCCUUCCUAUACCAACAACAGCCCAGCGACACCCACCCAGGGGGUCAACAUGGCCAACAGCAUCGCCAGCCUACGUCUCAAAGCCAAAGAAUUCAGCCUUCAUCAGAACCAGGUGCCCACUGUGAACUGAUACGGGGCGCUGUGUGGAACACGCGGCCCUCCCUCUUUUUCCUUAAGUGCCUCGAUCCGUGUUUCUCCGUUUCCGACAAAUAGCACGGCCUACGACCAACGGAACAACCUCUUGCGUUUCUUGCACCAGCAAUUUCGAAGCCAUCGUCCACGCCCGUCCUCUUCCUCUCCUUCGUACGCCUUCUCAGAGACAUGGGCUGCAAAACUCAUGCCCCGUUUCCACGGGAGGAGACCCGAAAAUCUCACCCCUUCGGGACUAAAACAAAACUUUUUUUUUACUUUGACAUUUACGUAUAAAGCUCGCGGUCUCGGAGGAAGGCAAGCUUUUAAUCUAGAAUCGCCGGCUUCUAAGGAUAACCGACAGCGGGGCAAGUUUGAUUUUAAAAUCCAAGGGCUACUCAAUGCUCAAAAACUCAGCCCGGAAAUGUAACCGAAUGGCUCCGGUCAUUUCUCUUUUCCUCUUGCUAUUACGAUUGUUCGACCAUCGUGCUGACGCUGGCGAAACAUCGACCAGCAUUUUAAGAAAGAAUGGUUUAAAAAUGUAAAAGGGGGGGAAGGGGAAACGGCGGUCCCUCUGGCAGCCGAAAUCCACAGAAAGCCGAACUCAAAACGAUGGCAGCAUCCACAUCCAUGAAACCACCCCGAAUUGAAUCGGUUUGGGAGAAGCCGAGGUGUUUUAAAAAGCCCCCACUGGCCGGUUGGGAAAAAAAAAACUCGCCCGUGUGAAUCGAUUUCGCCCUCGCGUUGGGUGAACGAUCAACUCUAAAUUGAUCGAAGUGACGUUGAAAGGUGGUUCUUAUUGCCAGUACGAAUGGGAGUUUUUUCGUUUCCUUUGGGAACCCUCUGUAUCGGGAGGUGGGGGUGGAUUUUGAAAUAUAUAUUUUUAAAAUCUGGUUUGGGAUGUUUUAGCUUCCGCUUCCCAUGCACAAGGGUCCUGAUCCACGGUUGUGGGCCAUGUGCGCUGACUGUGGAGUAAACAAAAUAAAAGAAUUUUAAAUUUGUAAUGUCUAUAUCGUCUUAAUUCGUAGAAGACCUCCUGAGAAAUGAGGGAGUAGCCUGCUAGC